CGGAGAACCAGUCUAUAACAACAAGCUUGCCUCAAAGCGAAACUUACUCUAAACAGAGAGGACAUGUCCAGAAGUUUCCAUGUGGCAGCGAUUCAAAUCGAUACAGAAUUUUCCAGUUGUGCUUUUUCUACCAAACACGACUUCAGCAAGGACCCUAAGAAGAUAUUAGUCAUUUCAUGGACAAACCGUAAACUUGUAUCGUCUACGACUUCGACUUGCAUUCUUUUUGACUCUGGAGGAACAUUUCAUUCGUUUGGUUAUGAAGCUGAAAAACAUUACUCCGAGUUGGUCCUGAACGACCAGCACAUUAAUUGGUAUUUCUUUAAGAGAUUCCCAUUGAAGCUGUAUAAAUCCAAGCGUUUGACUAGAGAGACAAUUCUUGAAGAUGUGAAUGGAAAAAAAAUGGAAGCAAUGAAAGUAUUUUCUUCUGUGAUUGGAUAUCUCAAAGACAACAUGCUAAAAGAGUACAGCCGUCAUUUUAUUAAAAUAUACGAUUGUGACAUUACAUGGGUAUUAACAGCACCUGUCAUUUUGUACGAUACUGUGAAACAAUUCAUGAGAGGAGCUGCAGAAAAGGUUGGUAUCUGUGGAAAUAGAUUAUUAAUUGUUCCCGAACCGGAAGCAGCAUCUGUAUACUGCAUGUACCAACCAGUGCAGCAUGUGUAUAAAAGCAGAUUAUUUGACCCCGGAGCUAAAUACAUGAUAAUUAUUGCUGAAGAUAGGACAGUAGAAAUGACUGUUUAUGAAGUGCAACACGAUGUAAUUUUAAAGGAGCUUUACAAAGCUGAUAAAUGUCAUUGGGGUGGAACCAUAGUAGAUGAGUCUUUCCUCAGUCUCUUGACCGAUAUUGUAGGCAAAGACGUUAUGGAUGCAUUUCGCUCCAAUUACAGUGACAGUUUUAUUGAUCUUUUGAGAGAUUUUGGACAAAAGAAACAUUCCAUAAGACCCGAUGAGAUUGGAAAAAUAACAAUUCAGCUCCCCUGCCACUUGUUGUUCGCCUUUAAUGAGAUCAAUCCUGAAGGUGAAAUCAAAGCAAAUAUUGAGUCAAAACCAAAGUACAAAAACAAAAUAACCCUACUUAAGGAUAAACUGCGAAUGGAGGCACAUAUAGCCAUAUCACUUUUUGAAGAGAGCUGCAGUAAAAUAAUAUAUCAUAUUCAAGAACUUUUCAGAUAUCCAAAUCUUAAAGAUGUGUCAUCCAUUUUGCUUGUUGGGGAAUAUGCAGAGUCAAACGUAUUGCAAGCGAACAUAAGAAAAGCGUUUUACGAUAAAAUGCUUUUUGUACCAGAUCCUGCUGAAUAUGCAGUCUUGAAAGGAGCAGUGUUGUAUGGACAACGACAACAAAAGGACUGGAUAUAAAGUAAGAAUCCACUGAAUAAUACAAUUCAACGUACAUGUGUAUAAAUAAAAGAACAAAAGGCCAAUGGAUGCUAUUUCUCAUGACCAACUGCUAUUCUUGGAAUUUUUUAAAAAGUGUUGAUAAAUAUUAUACAUGUAGUUUUAUGCAAAUCUUACUCGGCCAGGAAACAAGACCCUACUGAGAUAACAAAUAGUAAUAGGGAGAAAUUCUUGACAUACUUUAUUUGAAUCGUCGAGAAACUUCAGUUAAUUACUUACGCGUGAAAGUGGAUAGGGUUGACGAACAUCUGAUUGUUUAAAAGGAAUUUUUGACAAGUCAAAACGACCAAGAUCAAAAAUUGCUGAACUCCAAACAAACUGAGAAGUAAUAGACAUCUUGUAAGAUUAAGAAAAAUGAUAGAGAAUUAAGGUUUAUAUAUUGUAAAACUCACUUUUCGUAUAUGCUUAUUUAAAAAUUGAAACAGUGUUGUAUAUCACCAACAAAUUUUUGUGAAUUUUUACGAAUACUCUUUUCUCAUCGGAACCGACUUGCAUCUUAACGCAACUGCGCAACUGUAUCAUGAAAUAUUGUCAGAUUGCGACAGUGCCUUUAAAGAUGAAAAAAUAGCUAUAAGCCAAGUUCUAGUUCUGACAACAACCGAAUUUUAUUUAAAAAUCGAAAUAGGAUCAUGAUGUGAAUGAGUAUUGGUAAAAUAACAUGUUAUUAUUUUUUUUAAUUUCAUGUUUUAUAUAUUAAAUGAUAUACAAUAACUAUCCUUGGAUUACAAAUUUGUGCGACAAAUUAUAUCAACUAAGUUAUUUUUACUUGUCGUAAGAUUUGUUGAAUUAAUACUUUGUUCAA